UUAACUUGUGCUGCUGAAAUCUUUAACAAAAUACGAAUAAAAAUGUGUAAACAAUUCUUUAGAUUUUAAUUAUCGUUGGUACAUGAAUGUAAAAUAAUACAGGUACGAUGGUUGAUGCAACAGCAGUUUUAACAUCGACGUCUAAUUGCGAUGGUGACAGUUUCAUGAGAAGAACUCGCGGAGCUUUGCGCUCUAUGCGUUCGGUUCUCGGUGGUGGUGGCGAGUACUUGCAAGGACUAAGCACUAGAUUAGGCACCGCUUUGAGUAGUAGUCAUGAUGAAAGUGAUCCAACGACUUCACCUUCAACUCAAACCUCACAAUCUCGACCAGUCAAACAGUUGGCGCAAGAAACAUCUUCCAAGAAAGAAGCUGAUUUUCAGAAAAAACUUCAAUUUUCCAGAUAUAAAAAUGAAUCAAUGUACGAAGAUUAUGAUGCGAUGAUAAGAAGAAAAUUUGAACAACAAGAGAUGGCUCGAUGUUCCCGAAUAAGUCGAAAAUAUCCAGGUAUGUCUUAUGAAGAGAUAGCAUCAUCAAAAUCAACAUCGCAAAAACAAUCAGAGCCAGUGAACGUUGAAGAUCCUGCUAGUCCAGGUAGAGACAGUAUAGAAAGCGCCGAUAUGGAACAACCAAAAGAAAUUAAAGCCCCUGUACAGGAGCGUUUUGAAAAAUUAAACAGCAAAGUUGCAAGGGCUCCAAACCGUUAUCAGUCCGUGAUUUUUCGUUUAGAAAUGCCCUCGAGUAGUAGUUCUGCGAGUGAUGCAGAUUAUGCACCCCAUUUAGAUUCUUCUGGAGACGGGCGUAAAGACUGGCAAAGAUCUGGUAAUGGUUCAUCUGCUUCUAUUCAAUCAUGGACUUCCAGUUUAUCGGCAGAUAGUCAAUCAGAAGAAGCUGCAGUUGAAUUUAUGAAAAUGUUUGUACCUAUGCUGUUUCAAUCGCCAUGUACGAUAGAGCAAGAGCAGAAAGCUCAAUUUGGACAAAUGGUUUUAACAGAACCUGGGCGGAUUUGGUUUGCGAGAGUUGUCAGCUCAAGAAGAGCACGUCCCUGUAUUUCAGAAGAAUCUUUUUAUUCUUUGGCACAGCAUUUCGCUGUCGCACUUUUUGAAUGUCACGAAGCAGAUGAUUUUGGCCCGGCAAAAAAUCUUAUGAACAUGUGUUUCACAUUUUAUCACGAAAUUGAAGUGCCAGGAAUAGAACCAUAUCGAGAAUAUUUAUAUACUAACUUGAGAGUACAACCUAUAUGGACAUCGAUGCGAUUUUGGACUGCUGCAUUUUUCGAUGCUGUUCAAUGUGAAAGAGCUGCCAAGCCUGUGCCUCCUAAACCCAAAUCAAUAGAUCAGGAAGUUGCUGCUGCAGAAGAUAGAAGGUUUCAUGCCAACAUAGUUUUCGGCCAACUUGGGACAUUUACGUGCAAUAUGCAUGCUUUCGGUUUACCUAGAAAUCUCUGUCUCGAAUUUCUUAAGAAACAAUGUAUUAUUGCCAAUUUAACUCCAGACCAAGAAAAAAUGCUCAAAGACAAUAUAGAUCGUAUGUUCGAUGAAACCGAGCCUUGGCGAUAGUUAUAAAUCAACAAACUCUGUAUUGAUGCUAUUCAUUUUAUACGAACUGUGUAUAUAUAACGAAAAAAUUAAGUAAAAUAAGUUAAUUUACAAAUUGACAUACAAUUUUCAAUAACAAUGAAAAUUGACUUUUGAGUCAAUUUAAAUAUGGUUUACUUAACAUUAAGAAUAGGUAUUAAUAAAAAAUUAUUAUCAGUUGCCCUUUAAAUUAUAUUAAAGCUAUGCAAAAAAACUAAGGCAAG